AUAGCUAACCCUUUGCAUUUGAAUACAUAAUUCAUUAGAUGCAAUAUCUGUUCAUAAAAUGCUCUUCACCAAGCCCUAAGCAUCUUCAUCUUCUCAACACCAAAACUAUUUAUUUCUCUCUCCUUAGACAACCAAACUAUGACUAACAAUGCAAAGGAGUAUCCUGGCUUUUUCAAAGUCUUCCUUAAAGAGAAGCACUCUGAGAGAAUGCUUAUCCCAAAUGCUUUUAUGAACUUGGUGCAUUCAAAAAGAAGGGUAAUAAAGGAUUUUAUCCUAAGAGAUCGUAGAAGAAGAGAUUGGUAUGUCAAAGCGCGUCGUAUUGGUGACGAGUUCUAUUUUGAUGAUGGCUGGAAGAAAUUUAGACAAGAAAAUUGUUUAGUGGAGAAUGACUUCCUUGUUUUUACUCAUAUUGAAAACAAUGUAUUCAAAUUCAAAAUUCUUGAACUAUCAUCAAUGUGUGAAAAGAUGCCGGUGAUGGAAGAUGAGGAAAAUAAUAAUAUGAUGGAAGAUGAGGAAGAGGAAAAGGAUAGUGAUGAUGUUGAUUAUGAUGACAAUGAUGAUCAUGAUGCUGAAGAGGGUAAUGAUAGUGAUGAUGAUGAUGAUGAUGGAUCUGAGAAUAUAAGGAAAGAAACACAGAGUGAAAAUGUGUACAAGGAAAACAGUAAAAGUGGACAUCAACAUUGUAGAACCUGCAAAGCAUGGGACAUUGGAAGCAGCUCUGCAGGUUCAAACCUUGAAGACGAUGAAAUUGAUGCUGAAAUGUACAUUCAACCGGGAAAUCCACACUUCAUUGCAAAACAUAGUCUUUAUAGACCCAAUGAAUUGCAUUUUCCGAAGAAUGUAAUUAAAGAUUUCUGUGUUUGCUUCACAAAAUAUGUCAACCUUGUAUGUUGCCACUGCAAGGAUAUUAAAAGAAAUGAAAUAGAAGCCUAUCAUCACAUCUUGCCACAAAUCAGCACAAGACAUACCGAAAAGAGAGGUGAAAUACGUACUUGGAAAAAUGGCCGAGUCUUGGUGCUAGGGUGGGAAGAUUUUUGUAGAAAGUGCAAGAUAACAGAAAAUGAUAGAUGCUUGUGUGAACUUGUAAUGCGCAACGGAGAAGCAAUAGAAAUGAUAAGGGUUCACAUUGUUAGGAAGGUUAACAAGAAAUAUAACCAAAUUAUGACUAACAAUGCCAAGGAGUACCCUAACUUCUUCAAAGUCUUCCUCACAAAGAAGCACUCUGAUAGAAUGCUUAUCCCAACGGCUUUUGUGAAAUUGAUGAUUUCAAAACAAAGGCUAUUGAAGGAUUUUAUCCUAAGAGAUCAUAGAGGAAGUGAUUGGCAUGUCAAAGUGUGUUCUAUUGGCAACAAACUUUAUUUUGAUGAUGGUUGGAAACUAUUCAGAGAAGAAAAUUCUUUAGAGGACAAUGACUUCCUUGUUUUCACGCAUAUUGAAAACAAUGUAUUCAAGUUCAAAAUCCUUGAACUAUCAUCAAUGUGUCAAAAGAUGAAGGUAAUGGACGAGGAGGAAAAUACUAAUACGAUAGAGGAUGAGGAAGAGGCAGAUGGUGAUGAUGAUUACACAAUGGUAGAGGAAGAAGAAGAUAGUGAUGAUAACGAUGACGUUGAUGAGGAGGAGGACGAGGAUGUUGCUGAUAUAAUAAUGAAAGAAAAAAGGAAUAAAGGAGCUGGCAAGGGAAUCAACAGAAGUUGUGAACAUCAACAUGGUAGAACCUUCAAAAGAUGGAGCAUUGGAAGUAGCUCUGCAGCUCCAAAUCUUGAAGAUGAUGAAAUUGAUGCUGAAAUGUAUAUUCAGCCAGGAAAUCCAUACUUCUAUGCAAAACAUUAUGACUACAGACCAAACAUAUUGAAUAUUUCGAAGAAUGUCAUCAAGGAUUUCUGCCUUUGCUUUACAAAGCAUAUCACCAUUGUAUGUUGCCACUGCAAGGAUGUUCAAAGUAACGGAAUAGCAGCCUAUCGUCAUAUAUUGCCGCAGAUGAGAACAAAACAUAUUGAAAAGAGAGGAGAAGUACGUAAAUGGAAAGAUGGCCGAGUAUUUGUGCGAGGGUGGGAAGAUUUCUGCAGAAAGAGCAAAAUCACAGAAAAUGAUAAAUGCUUGUGUGAACUUGUGUUGCGUAACGGCAAAUCAAUUGAAAUGCUAAGGGUGCACGUUGUUAGGGAGAAAUGAGUCAAGCAGCAAAAG